UUCGCCUUCCGGUCUAGGGGAGUUGAUGCCGGUUCUUUGCAAUGGUGCGCUUCCUGCACAUCCAGAACCGGCAACGAGCCCCGCUCACCAUUUGUGGAGAUUGCCCGGCCGUGCAGGCAGAAGCUUCUCCAUAUUCUCUACUUGACAUCUGCUUGAAUGUCUUGGUUGCUGAUCUGGCAAAAUUCUGUACAGAAAGGCCUGAUGGGUCACUGUGCUUGAAAGAAUCUGAAAGGCUUCCUCAAGAAGUAGCUGAUCGAUUGCUGCAAACAAUGGCUUAUCGAGAGUUGUUAAAUGAUGGUACAGUGGGUAUUUUCCAAGGCAACCAAAUUCGUUUGAAGCAAGCUUGCAUCCGCAAAGCAAAAAUCUCAGCUCAGUCCUUCAAGAAGGCCUUCUGCCAUCAUAAGCUAGUAGAACUGGAUGCUGCAGGAAUGAAUGAAGCUGUUACCGUUGCAGAUGUUGUGAAUGGACUGGGAAGCAGUACAUGGAUCCAGAACAAUCUCCAGUGCCUUGUCUUGGACUCGUUAACCCUUUUUCCUACGAAUUCCUAUGAAAGAUGCUUUAGUCAGUUCCCCGGUCUUCGUUCUUUGAGCAUUACAAACGUGCUGUUCCGGGAUGAAGAUCUAGCAGAAGUUGCUACCCUGCCAAGAUUAGAAAGCUUGGAUAUAUCCAACACUUCUAUUACAAACAUAUCUGCACUCCUUGCCUGCAGGAAUCAUCUGAAAUCUCUAACUAUGUACAGUUUGAAAUGUUUGAAAAUGCCUACCACAAAAUUCUUAGAUGUAAUAAGAGGACUGAAGUAUCUGGUUCACCUUGAUAUCUCAGACGAGCAGCAUUCUGUAUCUGAUAUUGGCUUUUGUUUGCUAGGGCAAAAAGACAUUCUGCCCAAUCUUGUAUCACUGGACAUUUCGGGGAGGAAAUAUAUUACUGAUGAAGCCAUAGAAGCGUUCGUCAGACAGCGGCCGAGAAUGCGGUUUAUAGGUUUAUUAGGUACAGAAGCUGGAUACACAGAGUUCCUUUCAGGACAGGGAAAUUUGAAGGUAUCAGGGGGAGAAAAUGAAAUGCAGAUUUCAGAAGCUCUCAAACGCUACAAUGAAAGGGCAACAUUUGUGAAGGAGGCCUUUUUUCAUCUUUUUACGCAAACCUGUUUUAUGAAAAUUACAAAGCCUGAAAUUUUAAAGCUUGUGAUUAUUGGAAUGAGGAAUCACCCUUUAGAUUUGGCAGUGCAGUUGACCGCUAGUGCCUGCGUCCUUAAUUUAACUAGGCAAGGCCUAGCAGCAAGUAUGCCUGUUCGCCUGCUCUCCAGUGUCAUUCAGUUGCUCCUGAAAGCCAUGGAAACAUUUCCUGAACAACAGCAGCUCCAGAAGAAUUGCCUUCUUUCAUUAUCUAGUGUCAGGAUCCUCCAAGAUGUUCCAUUUAAUAGGUUUGCGGCUGCCAAAUUUGUUAUUCAGUGGCUUUGUAAUCAGGAAAAUCAACAUAUACAAAGAAUUGCAGUUAAUAUAAUCUCUAUCCUGGCACUUAAGCUUUCAGAUGAGCAAGCAGCACAACUUUCUGCAGAAUUCUACAUUGUUGUUGGGAAACUGCUUGAAAUAGUUGAACAAAAAACAAAUCAGAAUGAAUUAGAUACAACUUUCCAUUUUACACUUAGUGCACUUUGGAAUCUCACAGAUGAAGCUCCAACUACAUGUGCACACUUCAUGGACAACAGAGGACUGGAACUUUUCCUGCAAGUUUUAGAGAUUUUUUCUUCUGAUUCAUCUAUACAACACAAAGCUCUUGGCUUGCUGAACAAUGUGGCAGAGGUGAGAGAGCUGCAUCCCAAGCUAAUGCAGAAGGACUUCGUGGAUCAUGUCAGUGAACUUCUGAACAGUGCUGAGAUGGAAGUCAGCUAUUUUGCAGCUGGAAUUAUUGCCAAUUUGCUAUCUAGAGGUGAACAAGCCUGGACAUUGAGUCAAACACAGAGAAGAUCCCUUAUUGAAAAGCUGCAUUCAGCCCUUUUGAAGUGGCCAACACCAGAGUGCAAGAUGGUAGCACUGCCUGCCUAUAGAUCCCUCAAGCCAUUUUACCCACUGCUUGACUGCUUUGCAUUACCUGGAGUACAGAUCUGGGCUGCAUGGGCUAUUCUGCACAUCUGCUGUAAAACCCCUGCCAGAUACUGUGCAAUGUUAAUAGAAGAGAACGGACUACAGCACUUAUAUAAUAUCAAAGAAAGUAACCAGAGUGAUCUUGAUGUCCAGUAUCUAACAACCGAGAUAUUAAGUUAUGUGGAGACUCAUGUGAAGUAUUAUGGGAAGCCUAAACAUCUAAAGGAGCUACAAGCCAAAUCAAAUGGAUAACUGAGGGCAUAUCUGUAUUUCUGCUGUACACUGUUGACAGGCUAUGCUGGUGUUCCCUUUCACAGUCCUUUUAAUCAAGAUGGCCCUUCUUGUAUUGUUUGCAAGUCAUCUGUAAGUGGUCUUAACUUAUGGCUCCUUGUAUUUUGACAGAUGGAGCAGGGUACCAACUCUAAAGAAAACUGCGUAAUAGUUUAACAUGCAGGGCUUGAAAAAAGACUGUUGCUUUCAAGGUGCCAGUUUUCAUAGAGGUAGUUGGGAUGUCCAAGGCUGUGCAAAUGGAGGCUUUGAAAUAACUUUUCUUGCUAGGAAUCUCUUUAUUUUACUGACCAUUCCCCAUCAGUAGUAGAAUUGGUAUUGCUAAUUGCUGAGACAAAAUAGGAACAGCUUAAUGUUAUUGAUUAAGGAAAAAUUCUUUUAAAAUUGUCAAUUGUAGGGGGCAAGUUCUGGAUAAGGAAACAUGGGCUUGUUUCUAUUAAAACAAAAACAGUAAAUAUGCAGCAAGUAAUGAGGUCAGUCACAAGCCACUAUUAUGCACUUACAGGUGGUGACUUUGUGCAUAUUCUAAAGAAGAGAUUCUGGCUUUAGUCAAUUGUACAUCAAUUUUUGCCAUGAUGUAGCAUAAGCCACUGUGUUACCUCAUAUUUUUCUAUGUAUACAAACUAUUUUUCUAUGAGUGAGGAAAAUCUUUCAAGGGACUUUUAAAGUUUUUAUGUAAAAUAAAAGGUAUGUUUAGUGAUGGCA